CCCCCACCCCCGAUAUUAAGUGCAUCGUUCUCUUCAUUUCCGUUUUCAAUUUAGUAUUUACCAUCGAGCAGUUGAAACUCGAUUUCUGGAAAAUUUUGUUUCCGAAAGACAAAAGAAGUGCAUUCAUGGAUUCCGUUCUUCCAAUUACGAUAUUAGCAUCGGUGAUCGGAGGAGCUUUAAUUGCAUUUCUCAUUUUCGGAAACUAUUUCCGGAAACGUAAAUUUGAAGUUGAAUCGAUCGCUAAGCCUGAAAAGAUUGAAGCAAAACAAACCCAAAAGCAGCCGCCGGCCAAGAGUUCAAAGAAGUUUCAAUCCAAAACUCAUGCCGCCGAUAAGGAUGCAAAUCAGCGGCACCACCCGCUGGAUUUGAACACGCUUAAAGGUCACAGUGAUGCAGUUACAGGCGUCUGUUUCUCUUGGGAUGGACGUAAUCUGGCCACAGCUUGCGGUGAUGGGGUUCUCCGGGUAUUCAAGUUGGAUGAUGCUGCCAAUAAAAGCUUCAAGUUUCUCAGAAUUAACUUGCCUGUUGGAGGUCAACCAACGGCUGUUGCAUUUGCUGAUGAUGCAACUUCUGUAGUAGUCGCAACUCAUACUUUGUUAGGUUCUUCUCUUUACAUGUAUGGAGAGGAGAAACCUAAAGGGAGUGGUGACUCUAAGCAGGCUCCUCCAGAGAUCAAAUGGGAACACAGAAAAGUUCAUGAUAAGAGGGCCAUUCUCACGCUAUUUGGAACCAAGGCGACUUAUGGCACCGCUGAUGGCAGUAGCAUCGUUGUUUCAUGUUCUGAAGGCACUGACAUCACAGUGUGGCAUGGGAAAACGGGAAAGGUCCUGGGGCAGGUUGAUACCAAUCAGCUGAAGAACACUAUGGCCUCUAUAUCACCUAAUGGACGAUUCAUAGCUGCUGCAGCUUUUACUGCUGAUGUGAAGGUUUGGGAGAUUGUGUACUCGAAAGACGGAUCAGUGAAGGAGGUCUCAAGAGUUAUGCAGCUGAAGGGGCAUAAGAGUGCCGUAACUUGGCUGUGUUUUGCUCCAAAUUCGGAACAAAUCAUUACGGCAUCCAAGGAUGGUUCUAUUAGAGUCUGGAACAUCAAUGUUCGAUACCAGAUGGAUGAAGACCCUAAAACUCUAAAGGUGUUUCCCAUUCCCCUUCAUGAUGCAAAUGGCGCAACAUUACACUAUGACCGUCUGUCCCUUUCACCUGAUGGCAAGAUAUUAGCUGCUGCACAUGGUUCAACAUUGCAAUGGUUAUCUUCUGAGUCUGGGCAAAUUUUGGACACGGCUGAGAAAUCCCAUGAUGGUGAUAUUACGGAUAUGGCAUGGUCACCUGUCCCAAUUCCAAUGGGUAAGUUUCUCUUAUUAUGGAUGUGUCAGCAGUUAUUCUUUCCUUUCAUCACCCAUUUUGUGCCCCUUAAGAACUAGAGUGAUAGACACCAGUGAGAUUGCAGACUCCACUCUCAAAUGAGAAAUGAAACCCGAAAUUAUUUGGGGGUCUGGUUAUUGUUGGUUCUGGGUGUUCCAUGUGCUGUUUAUUGGUUCAGAACUAAUAGAAGGAAAAGAUGGCAUAUAUUUUCUCUUUUGCUUCUUUGCGUUGCAUCGUGCAGGAACUUUGUACCUUUAUAUUGCUUUCUCAUGUCUGUUUUUGGAACAGGAGACAAGAGGGUAUCAGUUUUGGCAACAGCCAGUAAUGACAAAAAGGUGAAGCUGUGGGUAGCUCCUUCUCUUCAUCAAUCAUGAGAAUGGAUUCUGCUUGGAUACAUUGCCCUGGGCAUCAGCACUUCUUCAGAUGGCAUGAUAUGCUGGUUUCAAUCCAUUGUGAUGCAACAGCCAGUAUGACCGAUAGGUUCUACCUUAGAACUUGGGAACUUCAUAGAAAGAGGAAAUGAGGGAGAACAAGAUUACUUACUGUAGGGAAUUUUGAGGCUUCUGUAGCUCUUACGUCACCUGAGUUUUGUACUGUCAAGUGCGAUUUAACAAUACAUAUAAUGUGACUCCGUUGUUAGAGAAUCGGUUUGAUCAGUUUACAUGAGUAAUCGUUUAUGUUCAUAUCUCGUCUGUAACCUAGUGUACAGCAUUAGGCUUCAACAUAAACAGGAAAAAAAAAAAAAAAAGAACUUAAAACGCUGAGUCAGCAUAUGCAAAAAUCUUAGAACAUGGAGAAGAAAAACUUACCUCUCAGAGACUCGAACGAGUGGUUUAGAAAAGAAAUAACUAUAGUCUUAUGAAGAGAAAACUAGUGUCAGUGUAAAAGGUGGCUCGUCACACCGGUCAUUGCAAAGCUUGAUCGAUUAUAUUUAUCAUUAUGAAUCUUGGGAUUUACAUUUGGUUUGUAACUCUAAAGUACACAACAAUCAUAUCUUGUAGAACCAUAUCUCUUGGAACAUAGAACAGCAAAACAUAAUCGUUUCCAGUCCAAAAAUCUUUCAAGAUUCACGUACAUUUUUCAUUCUAG